AUGAAUAUUUUCAAAAAUUGUCUUUCUCUAAACAAAGCAGUCGUUGAAACUUCUAGCGAAGUUACAGAUUUGGAAGUAGGUGUUCGCGCUUCCUCCGUUGAUGAUCAUAGUUUUGACGAAAAAAAAGGGAAAGAAGACUAUGUUGUUACCAACAUUGCUGAUCUUGUCUCCACAAGUCAUCCUGCUCAUCCACAAAACUGGCCUUGGUGGAAGCGAUGGCUGAUUAUGAUUGUAUAUUGCGCUUUACAGAUAUAUGUUAUAUGGACGAGUAAUGCCUACGGAAGUAUAUCAGAAUCUGUACAAGAUCACUUUCAUGUUUCCACACAAGUUUCUACCUUAAAUCUUAGCAUGAACAUUUUGGGCAGUGGGUUGGGUCCCAUGUUUCUGGGCCCUUUGUCCGAUAUCAAUGGUAGAAAACCUGUGUACUUUUUUUCGAUUUUUUUAUAUGUUAUAUUCAAUAUUUCUUGCGCACUGCCCAAUAAUAUUACUCAAAUGGUUAUUUCCCACUUCAUUAUAGGUCUGGCCGGAAGUACAGCUUUGACUAAUGUUGCUGGCGGAAUUCCAGACAUAUUUUCCGAUGGUAAGUCUGGUAUGCCCAUGUCUUUAUUUGUUUGGGCCUGUGCUGGCGGCAGUAUCGGUGCUCCGAUAGGUACCGGAGUUGAUUCAAAUCCCAAAUUUGGCUGGCGCUGGUUGUAUUAUAUCAAUAUCAUUGUCGGAGGCUUUUUUUUGAUAGUAAUCCUUCUUAUUCCCGAAACAUUACCUAUAAAGGUUAUAUCUAGAUACGAAUUAGCCAAGGGCCGAACCAUUGAAAGUCUUCCCAAGGUUACAACAAAACAAUUAUUUCAAAAUAUGAAAUUUGUUAAUACUAUGGGAUUUCGAAUGAUAUUCACAGAACCUAUAGUUAUUACUAUGGGUCUUUACAACUUUUAUGCUUAUGGUAUCAGCUAUUUCUUUUUGGCAGCGAUCUGGCCUGUGUUUAGUUUGGAUUACAAAAUGUCUUCCAUGGGUGCUAGUUGUACAUAUCUUGCUGGUUUGGUGGCUUACUCUCUUUUGUUUUGCUUUCAACCUAUUCAAGACUGGAUCUUCCGAAGAAGCAAAAAACUCAACCAUGGAAUGGCUGUCCCAGAGGCUCGUUUUACAAGUGCUUUGUUCUUCACAUUACUGUUUCCAGCUGGCAUGUUUUUGUUUGCUUUCACUUGUUCUCCUCCAUUUCAUUGGAUGGUUCCGAUUGUGGGUCUUGCCAUGUCCAGUGUUGCCAAUUCGCAUAAUUGGCUUUCUAUCUUAAAUUACUUAACUGAUUGCUAUCCUAUUAUUUCAGCGUCCUCAGUAGCUGCUUUUACUCUACCUUCGUAUGUUGGUGCUGCUGUUUUCGCCCACGUUAGUAUCAUAAUGUUUGAUAGAAUGGCUACAAAGUGGGCUGUUGCUACUAUGGCAUUCAUUAGCAUUUCCAUUCCUUUUAUCAUUUAUUUUUUCUACUUUUUCGGUGAGAAAAUUCGCGUUCACAGUGCUUUGACUGGAACAAAAGCCAUUAAAUAUCUGCCGAUUUCAGAUUGA